AUGCAAGCUCAACAUUCAACCUCAUCAUAAAUCAUCCAAUACACAAUGACUAAAAUUGAGGAAAGCUUCUUCGAAAUAGGGAGUCAAAUAGAAGUAAAUUACAUUUUCUACUUUAUAAAAGUUUUCUUUUGCUGAGAUUGAUAAAUUUAUUGACUCUAUUUUUCUUUUUCCCUUUGAAUAAGUGACUCACACAAUUGAAUCUAAACUUGAAUUACCUUAAUUUCCUGAAUUUUCAAUGUCAGAAAUUGAUUACUCAUAACAAAUUCUUGAUAGUUUGAAACCUUUGGUUAAUUAGAUAACCAAAAAUAGAAUUGAAAUUAAAGAGUAAAAAGGUACAUAAACUUUCUUUGAAUAGAAAAUAAUUGAAGAAAAGGAAGAAUCUAAUAAAGAAAAAAAUAUUUUAAAUAUGGAAAUUGAUUCUUAAAAUCAGUAAAUUAAAUAAUCUGAUAGUAUUUUGAAUGAAGUAAAAUGUAUUAAAAAUAUUAUAUCGAAAUAAAAGGAAGUGCUUUAAGUUGAGAAUGAAUAGAAAUAAUUGGAAUAAUAAUUGAUGAUGAAUGAAUAAUUUCAAUUUUAAUUAAUUUAUGAUUCAAGUUAAUAGUUUCUAUAAUGUUACGCAAUAGUGUUCAAUAAAGAUGGAUCAAUUAUGAUUACAGCUGAUUCUAAUUUAAUUAAAAUUUGGAAUUUUGAAUAAGGAAGAUUUAAAUUAUCUAAUUCUUAUACAGGACAUACUAAUCCUAUUUAUUGUUUGGUGUGUAGCAAAAAGACAAAUAACUUUAUUUCUGGUUGUAGUUAUUAUAAAAUAAUCUGUUGGCAAUAAAUUAAUCAGAAUGAGUGGAAAUGCUCAUAACCAUUUUAAUAACAUAGUGAUGGUGUUAAUUGUUUAUUGUUAAAUAAAUAAGAGGAUUAGCUAAUUUCAGGAGGGUUAGAUUAUCAUAUAAUAGUAUGGUAGGUAGAUUUUAUGAAGAAUCAUCUGGCUUAUCUGUAUUCUCUAGAUAAUCAUAGUAAUAGUGUUUGUUCACUCAGUUUUAAUUAAUCUGAAACUUUAUUGGCAUCAUGUGGUUUUCAUGAAUUUAUAAUAUGGGAGAAAGGAUUAUAAGGAAAAUUAAAAUUGAAAUAUAAAUAAGAUGUUUCAAGUGGAUAUAAAAUACAUUUCAUAAAUGAUUAAUAAUUUAUUUGGGUAACUAAAGAUAAGUAAGUAAAUGAUAUUUUAGUAUUUGAAUUAUAGAAUGAAGUCUUUUAAUAGAAUUCUAAUAAAACUAUCACUUUAAUUAACAAUAAUGAAUGUGAUGAUGAUUUCUUAUUUCCAAUAAUCCAUAAUAAAGAUAGAAAUGUGAUAUUGGUCAGACACAAACAUCAUAUCUAUUUGAUUAGAGAAUUAAAAGAUGGCAUAUUUAACAUUCUUGCAUCAUUAAAUUGUUAAACUCCAGAUACAUAUGGAACAAUGACCAAUAAUGGAUAAUAUUUAGUAUUUUGGGAUUAAAAAUAAGAAAAAUACUCAUCAUAUGAGAUAUUAUAUAAAUGA